GGGAUCAAUCUUAGGCAUAAAUGGUCUCUCACUGUGGAGACAUACACUUUUUGUUCCCCAAGGCCUGCCAACUUUGAGAGGAGUGUUGGCAGGCCUUCAAAGGCAGGAAGAAUAGAUCCAGAAGAGCCUCAAAAGAAGGGAAAAAAAGAGGAAAGGAAAGCAACAAUGAAAUUGAAGAAGCAGAAACCUAUUGUGAGAUUCAAAAGAUGUGGUAUGGCUGGAUAUAAUGUAAGAUCUUGUGACAAAAGAAAAGACCAAGUAACUCGGGAAGUGGACAACACCUCAUUGAACAAGGCUUUUGAUACAAUUCUUGAAAGAAAAAGAGUUGCAGCUGUUAAAAGUAGAAAGAUUAAGAUGGCCAAAGUUGGCAUAAGACAAUCCUCAAAUAAUUCCACACUUUUCCCACUAGUGGUAGGGCAUCAAGAAGAAGAUGUUGAUCUGUAA